AUGGACCCGGUGAGACGCGAGUGUAUCGGGGUGGAUGAUGACGCUCGGACGUCGUCGAGCGGAGGUUUGGGCGUCGAGCGCGGGCGAAGAAGGCGGGGGCGGUUGAGCGCGGCGUGGAAGUGGCUUCUCUUCGCGUGCGCGGCGUGCGCGCUCGGGACGACGAACGCGGGGGUUGAGAUGCUCGAACCGGCGGAUUGGGGGGUGUGGCCGUCUUCGCAGUUGAAUCAGAAUAAUCUUACCGUGACUGUUCGCGGUUCGGCGUUCUUUUCGACGAAUUUGUCGGCGUGUAGAGUCGGAGACUUCGUGGUACCACUCGCACACGUGAGCUCCGAGGAGGUCAGGUGCACGGUGGCGCCGAGUCUUCGGCUACGGAAAGGUUUUUCUUACGUCGAGGUGUCGAUGAACGGAUUAGAUUUUACUAGCGAUAGGAUCACAUUUAAUCUGCACGAGCCGGUGAAGCUCGAGCAGGUUUUCCCAUACGGUUGGGAUAAAGGCGGAGGAGGCGUGCUCCGCCUGAGCGGCUUAAACUUUGCGCCGGGAUCAAGUAAGUGCGCGUUUGGUGCCGGAGGUACCGGCACCGUCGCCGCUGUGAGCGAUUUAGCGCCCUCAGAAGUGGUUUCAAGCGCGUUUAUGAAGUGCGAGACGCCCGCGUUUUCAAGUCUCGGGAUGACAGACGUAUCCGUGCGCUCAUGGAGUGACUCCGGCUCACUCAGUGGAAGUCGAGCGUUCGAGGUUUGGCAAGAACCAACUACGAUCGAAAUCGCCGCGACUUGGAAUAUGAGUCACGCUGCGCAGGGUGGAGUGGCGAUUGUCCUUCAAGGGUUCGGGAAUGAAGAACUCGUUGAACCCACGAAUAUGUUUGGUUAUUCAUGCCACUUCGGCACGAUCACGGUAAGCGCCGUCAUGGAUACGCUCACUGUCAAUAGGACUGUGACGUGCAAAUCUCCGGCUUUGCAUCACACGAACUCAACGGUUGAUUUAUGGAUUGGGCCUAACAUAGAUUCAUUCAAACCGAACACCUCUGUCACUUUCACGUAUCCAGACAUCGAGUCUGAAUCAGUGGAAGUGCCGGGAGAUGAAACGACAGUGGUGUACACGGGCUCUGAAAUCGCUGUCGUACCGACGUACGUUUUGGCGCCGGGCGGAUCCGUGAUAUCUGUGACAGGAACCAGCCUGUCUACAGCUUCGUCAUGUAGAGUCGGUACGGAUACCACGGCAAUCGUGCGAUUCAUCUCGUCAUCAUACAUUCAGUGCGAGAUUUCACCGGGUUCCGAAGGUGGGGCGUAUUUGUUCACUUCUGGUGACUCGAGCGUGCAUUCGACUAAUAUUCAUUUCGUCCCUGUCAUGGAGUUGAGCUCGACUGCUCCAGUGUAUGGAGGCCUCGAGGGCGGAACAUCAGUCCAACUGACGGGAUCUAAUUUUGAACAUAGCAGCGAUCUGGCCUGUUUGUUCGGAUCAGUAAGCGUUUUGGCGACUCAUUAUUCCACUACUCAGAUAGAUUGCGUUUCUCCGGCGCACGCAAAGGCUGUUGUUUCCAUGGGCGUGGGCAGAAGAGACCUGGCAUCACAUUCAUUCAUCUCGGAGACUUCUUAUGUUUACAACUCAUCAAACAUGCUUGCUGCUGUGAUGCCUUCUGUUGUUCGAAACGUGGGUUCCACCUCCUUGACGCUCGUUUGGUCUCAGUUGUAUGCUGAGAGCACGGGAUGUAGAGUGGAUGGCAUCUUGCUGGAUCCUUGCACUGUCACGGGGAGCACCAGUCCCGGCUUUGUUGAGGUGUUCUCGUAUACUUUUGCCACAGAUACGUUUGUGAGCGAACCGGCUGAGUUUGCAUACUACGUGUCUCCCGUGGUAUCAGGCUCUAUUCCUGUCGUGAUCCAGAACUUCAUUCCAACUGUUGUCUACAUGCUGGGCUCAGACUUUGUCAAUGAGGCGAACGUACUUUGUGCGUUUGACGACACUGCAGUUGAUGCGACAUUCGUGUCGUCCGCGCUGGUCAAGUGUACGUCACAUCUGGUUGGUACUCUUGGAAACAAGGACGCACAAGUUGGGUUUGGUAGCGCGAGCGCUGAAGGUGUAUGGAGUCGAACAGAGAUGUCCCUGAGCGCAGUAGACAUUCUGAACAUGACGAGCAUCAGUCCAACAAGAGGCGUACUCACUGGUGGCACUGUCAUCACUGUCACUGGUGAGGGCUUCGAAGGAGUUGGUAGCGUGUACUGUCGCGUGGGUACUAUAUCGUACAUACAGUCGAGAGUCAUCCGUGAUGAGGUCGUUGAAUGCACGUCGCCAACAUAUUUUGACGCUACCGUCGAUGUCCAAGUGCACAUUCUUGGGAAUGUUUACGCCAACACGGCACAAUCGUUUGUGUACACAUCAGGUGUCGAACUGGUUGCUGUUCUUCCUCCCGCAAGUCCGCUGGGUGGAAAUAGUGACAUCCUCAUCUUCGGGCUUGAUGGUGAAGCAGGUGAGAGCUAUAACUGUGUGAUAGGUGGCUCUGUGGUGGCCAGCACGUUUGCUCGUUUUGGUGAAUUGCCGUGCGUCAGUCCUGCUAGCUCCGAAGGGUUCACCGCCGUUGGUAUCGGUGCGAUUAUUGACGACAUGUUCGAUCAGCAAGUAAUUGAGUACGUGCGCUCGCCGAUCAUGCGCUCGAUUUACCCUUUCAACGGACCGACCUCUGGGGGGACUCUGAUUCACAUUGUGGGCGAGCAUCUGCGCGAUUCUGCACACUUGUCUCUCGAAAGUACCAUUUCUUCGAGCCACUUCUUGAGCUCGGCGUUGGUUGUGUCUGAGCUUCCCGCAUCGACUGCAGCCGUACACAACGCUCGCGUGUCGAUGAAUGGCAAGUUGGUGAGUCAUGCGCUCACGUUCACGUCUCGUGAUGCGAUCACUUUGAGCAACUUGAGCUUGGUGGGUAUUGCUGACUCUGGCGGAAGUGUGAUCGACGUGACUGGUUCAAAUAUGCCAAAUGACCUCAGUCUGUUGUGCUCUUUUGGCUCGAUUCAAGUCUCGGCGCAGUGGUCAUUGAGCACCGCCGCAACGUGCGUGAGUCCUAGUCACAUGGUCGACACUUCAACAGAGUUCCGCGUGCACGCUGACCGCUUUGCAUCAGCAACUUCCAUCGUUGUCUUUUACGUGUCGGAGUCUGCUAUCACAGAUGCGCUACCGCCUAGCUUGAGUGCCGCCGAGUUGCCAACGCAAGUGACAAUUUACGGCGAAUGGCUGGCGAGUGCGUCCUGCGACGGAGUUGCUCUUCCAUUGAACACCUCGUGGGCAUCUUCUUUCUCAUGCACGAUCGACCCUGUGAGCGUAGGUUACGCUUCAGUGAGCGUGAUUUCUCGCGGUCUUACCACGAGUAUUGCGUAUAUGAUCAAGGAAACGCCUUCGCUUAUGAGUGUAUCUCCACCUGGAGCUUCAGACCUUCCUGGUGAGAUAUUCACGGUGUCUACGCGACAUAUGAUUGGUGACGGUGAACAAUUCCACUGCUUGUACGAUUCCACAGAUGCAGUCGAACCUGAGAUUGUAUCAUCCGCUUUGAUUCGAUGCGAAUCGAUUGCGACGGCGAAGUUGUCGACAAGUUUCACGAUCGAAGGAGGCAAUGGUGUCAUUGCGCUGUCCAGGCAAGCUGCACCCGUUGCGACCAGCAUUUCGCCAUCAACAAGCGGAGACAUCGGCGGCACGUUGAUCAGCAUCUCAGGAACGAGCAUACCGAUUAUAGAUGCAUCUGCCGUGUGCUCGUUUGGUACCAUCGGGCCUGUUACGCCGCAGUCUACCACUUCUCUGAUGGUUCGCUGCAUGUCACCUGCCGGCGUUGCUGAUGAAACAGUUCCUGUAUGUGUGAGCGUUUACGGAGUACUGUCUCCAUCGAGAAGUUGUGCGAAUGCUUCCAUCACCUUCAUCGCCCCAGUCGAUGCCCCUCUUGUUUUGGAUCAUGGUGUUUCGAGCAAGGACGGAGGAUACUUCUACCUCUGGCGCAGCGCUGCAUCAUACGCCCGCAUUUCAGUGUUGUCAACUGUGGAUCUCGGACUUGGGACGGCUACAGUUUCGAGCACUCUGGCGAGCGUGUACAUCUCUCCGCGUGCUGCAGGAGGUUUCACGCCAGUCUCUACCAUUCCUGAGAUCGGUGGGCUUUCCUUCGAUCAGCUUAUGGUGCAGCCUACGCCGUUGAUCUUAGGAGCGAAUCCGAAAUUUUUUACCGACGCCGGUGGCAGUCAGGUGUGGGUAUCUGGAUAUGAUCUCGGAAGCGAGCAGCUGCGAGUGAGCGUGGAUGACGAGACUACCGCAUUUAUCAUUGUUUCGUCCGCAUUGAUGGUCAUUGAAGUUCCCGACCACGCUCUUGGAAGAUCGUUCUUGAAGGCAGGUCUAGGGAGUCGGACAGACUCGAACGGAAUCGGCAUUGGUCCGUUCUCUUCGGUUGGUCUCGACUACGUCGUCGGAAUCAGUCUGACAAAAAUUAGUCCAACUCUCGGGCCGGAUGCCGGAACAUCACCAAAAGUGUCGAUCACAGGCGCGGGAUUCUCUGAUGGCUCUCCACUUGGGUGCAAAUUCGGCACCAUCGGGCCCACCAGCGUUUUGUACGUACACGAGAGAGAAAUCAAGUGUGCGGCUCCGGGCCAUGCCUUGGGAGAGGUGCCCGUCCAGAUAUCAACAAAUGGUCGUGACUACACUUCUGGGCUCACGUACACAUACGUGUAUGCGCCAUCUCACUUUGAUUCCAUAUCACCGGCGAUCUGGCCGACGCACGUUCCAAGUACCACCACUCUGUACGGUAAAGGAAUGGAUUCUCAGAUGGAGAAUUUGUGUGGCCCGUUCAACACAUCUACUCGCGGUUUGUCAACAGACACAAGUACUGUCUGCUCGUGGGUUGCGACGACCGUAGCGGGGUUUGUGCAGGUCGGAUACCACACUACAGAGGCGUACGUCAAGUACAACCCAGAUCAAACACAGUUUGAGUAUUACGAACCUCUCACCGUGACGAACUUGGAACCUUUUGAGGGCCCCGUCGAUGGUGGUACAGUCUUGUUUAUGUCGGGAUCCAAUUUCAGGAACGAUGAUGGCAACGUGAUGUUCGGAACCGUCACUGUCGUGUCGCAUUUCGUUUCUUCAUCUCUUCGCAUCAUCGUGAGUCCAAUGUUCUCCACGACAGGUUUGCAAACGCUAUAUGCGUCGACGCAGAAGACUGCUCUAACUGCCUUCUCUGCUGUUGAUGAACUGUCGUUGUCAUCAGUGUCGCCAGCACUUUCAACCAUAGAUGGUGGUCAGGAUCUUGUGGUAAUCGGUGACAAUUUCUCUGCGCCAGCGGCGGUGUGGUGUAGAGCUGGUGCUAUCGGUCCUUUGCUUGCUUAUCCAACAGAUGCUAAGUCGUUGAGAUGCACAUCACCUGCACACAUGAAGGAGUCUGGCGUGCACCUCCAAGUGUCCAUGAACAAACGCGAUUGGAGAUAUGAGCUCACACCGAGUCUAACAGAUCCUUCGGCAGCAGCUGGUUCGUCUUACGAUUCGAUUUUAACCAUCGACUACGUGCUUCCGGCAAAAAUAUGGCGCGUGCUUCCAUCAGCCGGUCACGUCACGGAUUCGUCUGCAAGUAUUGAGGCGUUUUACGACGUCCCGUAUCCAGUGCAAGGUGCCACAGCUCGAGGCUGUUUCAACGGUCGUGACGUCUCGACUUCGUCGGACACCUCUGGGCUUUAUUCGAUACUGUGUACAUUGGGACAAGACGCAUUCAUUCAGGGAAUGCACGCAAUCAUAACGUCAGGCCCUGACGCAGCCAACACGUCAUUCACUGGAAUUUUCCAGUACAGCACAGCGCCGACAAUCGAUGCUUUUGAGCCAGAGGUGAUUCACACAGGUGGCGGUACGCUGGUUUCUAUCUUCCUCGCUGAUGCAAUAGAGAGUGGUAUCGCGUGCAUGUUCUCUACCUGGACUCAAAACAGCUUCAGCGGUAGGGUCGUUGUCGACGCACACUUCAUCAGCUCUUCGUUGAUCGUGUGCGAGUCCCCUUACGCGGCGCCGCUCACAAAAGUUGGCCUGUCGGCUGGCUUGCACGGCACAACGCCUGAAAACGCACGAGUAGAGCUCGAAUCGGUUUCACGUCCACUGAUUACGCAUGUCGAUCCCAACAACUUGUUCUUGGACGGUGGCACAGCCAUCGGCAUCACUGGCACUGAUUUUGGAUUGCAAGUCCAAGAUCUUUACGGCUCUGUCGGCACCAUCUCUCCACUGUCUUUGAGAUGGUUAACAGCUGACAAGGUUGAAGCAAUCAGCCCCGCAACGUAUAGUGGCGAUAAAGCGGUGCUCUUAUCACAUCAUCUUUCAGCGAGAAGCGAGGUUUAUGGCACGUUGAUGACGUUCUUCAAACCAUUUGAGCCAAGCCCACUGAUUCCCGACGUGGUGCCAGCACGCGCAAACGCCUUCGUGCGCUUGCACGCUCUCAUCGGUUUCCUGCAAUCUUCUGUUCCAAGCUGUAAUCCUGCUGAUCCGAAGUUUUCGUUAUGUCAGGAAGCGAUCAAUAUUGGCGCCAUUUUCACAAAGACGCAGCCACCAAAUUUCGCGAUUCUCGAAAUUCCAGACACACAACUUACGGUGAACGUUCCGCAGCUUGCAUACGUGGAAAGUUCGUCGCCUACGGCGGUACAACCGUCAAUCUCUGUGACCGGAGGCGGUACUGUUGCAGUGGUUGCUGGCUCGAACUUUGUGGAUGGAAUGACGUUCGUGAGAGUCGGAGAUGUGGCGCACGCAAUACCUCACGCCUCACACUCAUUUGUUUCGUCAACGCUGAUACGCUUUGAGGUGCCAGCGGGUGUUAACGCGAGACGAGACAGUGUUUACACUUCCAACGCGUUUGCAGACUCGGAGUCUUGGGUAAACUCCGGUGAUUACACGACAUUUUACAACUUACCAACGUUGGUUGCAAGUUCUCAACCUCUUGUGUUUGUUGAAUCUGGCGGUGCUCAAGUGGAGAUACAGGGCACUGGGUUCCAAGCGAAUCGCGACCUGUACUGUAAGUUCGGUGAAGUCCAUAUCAAGGCUACGUACCUGUCGUCGAUUAGUUUGGAGUGCAUAUCUCCGGCGAUGCAAGUGACCUCCUUUCCGGUGCGCGUGUCGAACAAUAUGUUGGAUUACAGCAGAUAUGUGAACGUGGCAGCCAACGCUGGUAGUGACGACGAUGUCAGUGUCCAUGUUGUUGGAGACUUCGUUAAUGCCGUGGAUACUGUUAACGGGGAGUAUGGACCAACUACUGGAGGGACACUUUUCUCAGUCUCCUUCUCUUCGACUCCUCCAGCCGUUAUCUCGUGCAAAUUUGCAUCGAGACUGGGGACAGGUUUUAUUUCUGAUUUUCCCGCAAACACAGCAAAGUGUGUGACACCGCCAAGCGACGCUGGAUUCGUUCCGGUGCUUCUCGCAUCAAGUUUGUCAGCUGGCGCCCUGUAUAGCUCGACUGCAACGCAAUUCGAGUUCCUCGCGGCUCCUGAAAUCGAUAUGGUGUUCCCAGAAAUGGGCUUCUUAGGCGGCGGAACAUUGCUCAACGUGCACGGGGAUAACUUGAUUCAGUCUCUAUCUGUCGCCGCUCACGGCUCACCUCUCAUGCCAGGAACGCUCAUUGAAGGUCUCUCUUGUCGUUUCGGAGGUAUUUAUACCGUCGCUGCCGUCCAUGUAUCGUCCACGAUCAUGCGAUGCGAGAGUCCCGCAUUUGCGACGUCAUUGGUGGAAGUGCCUCUCGUCAUCGAUCUCUCCGUCAAUGCCCUUGACUGGGUUGGAUCGCAGAUCGCGUUCGAACCGAUCGCGGACGCGAUGAUAUCUUACUUAUCACCCUUGGCGGGUUCUCGUGCGGGUGGAACUACCGUCACGAUCGCAGGCGGUUACUUCACUCCGAACGCACCAGUGUGGUGUAAGUUUGGUGCCACUGGACCGAUUCACGCUCUCUUCAACGGAGACGGAAGCGUGCGGUGCAUGUCUCCAGCCAAGUACCAAGGAGACAUCCCAGUCGCAAUAUCACGUGGUAAUGCAAACGAUUUCGCAUUCACCACGUCGACAAUCUUUAAAAUGUAG